UUCUUUAUGAAAUGAACAUCUGCGUGCAAAACAUGGUUAGGAAACAAAAGUGGAGAAAAAAAAAUGUUGAUUAAUAUUUUUUUGUAUAAAUCGUAUAUAUAAUGUCUUCCAACUGCAUAGAUGAUUUUUCAACAGUUAAAAAUGGCUUCUCUCUUGAGUUCUGCCAUAUUAUUUUUGUUCACUCUCCAAGUUUGGGAGUGCAACGCUAAUCAUACAAUAGUCUGGUGGGAAGUAAAGCCAUAUGCGUACACGGAGAAGGGCGAGAUAAAGGGGAUGUUUCCAGAUAUACUUAGUAACUUUUAUAAAUACUGCGGAAAUAAUAUCAUCUUCGCCGUUAACGAUGUAAACAAUCACCGAAACAAUUAUUCAAGGUUCCUGGAUAAUGUGAAGUUUAAUCUCUCACAUAUCAACUCAAGUGAUAUGUUAAUUUUUCCGAUUUUAAAAUCCAAUGUUCAGCUGCAGCAAAAGAGAUACAUUGCCAAAACACUUUUCCACGCACCGGGGGUUUGCGUAGUAAUGAGAAAACAAUCGAUCUCCAUUCACAAAAAGUUGGUGGAUGGCAUAGUUAAAACUUUUCCCAUGUUUAUUGCUGGAGGUUGCAUCACAAUGUCAAUUGGUAUCUUUGUUUGGCUGCUUGAAAAACAUUUUAACGCAGAAUUUCAACGCAAGUUUCCAACGGGAAUGUGGGAUGGAUUCUGGUGGGCAACAGUUACUAUGACGACGUUAGGUUACGGUGAUAUGGUUCCGCGUGGUUUUAUAAGCCGAAAUUUGACCGUUUUUCUACUGUUUUUUGGAAUGGUCUUCAUUGCUAUUGUGACAGCUACCAUUACCGAUUCUCUCUCCGAAUUUGAUAAUGCUAGUAUCGUUAAGAAACAGGUGGCCGUUCUAAGACACUCAGCAGAAUACAGAAUUGCAGAACAACACGACGCAUAUCCUAUAGAAUAUGAAACAUUCGAAGAGAUUUUAGAUUCAGUACGUCAACAAAGAAUAAGCGCUGCUCUUAUUAAUACGCAUGUGUGUAGUUGGAUGCAGGAUGAAAUCAGAAAAGAAGAUGUUGACAUCUUGACUCGCCUUAGUAUUGUGCAUGAAAUUAAAAAUCCAUUUCCCGUGUGGUACUUCAGAAGAAAUGUAGGGAAGCCGGGUGACGCCGAAAGAAAUAAAAAAUGUUAUGACGAGCACAAAGUGGAGAUUGUCGACGAAGUGGCCAGAUUUUAUUAUAAUCACACAAAAAUUGAUACAGUGUAUUCACCGUCAUUGUCAGAAAGUUUCGACUUCCAAACAGGAUAUCUAUUCCACUUCGUCAUUACUUUAUCAGCAUUUAUUGUAUUAGCCACGAUUGAUCGCAUCAUCGAGCUUCUUCUCCGCAGAAGGCGACAAAACUCUCUACGAUAUGACAUAAACGCGAUGGAGAGUGUGCCGAAGGAGGACAUUAUUAUGAAAUUGCAUGUUGAAAACGAACUCCUAAAAAUAAAUAAAAAUUUUGAAGAGCUGAAGCAAAUGGUGAAUGAUUUAAGAAAAGAAAAAAUGGUCUCGCAGUAAAAAACGCUGAAACAUUUUUACCAAAACAUAACGAGGAACUAGCACAUGGUGCUUAUCGCGUGACUCUUCUAUUAUAAAUAAAUAUAUUUUGAUAGAGUUAUCGUUGUUAAAACUUGUAAGUCAGAAAUGAUAGAUGACUUGCCAAUAAUUAAAAUAGUUUACAAUA